AUGGAAACUCAAGAAAAAUACUUUUACUAUACUUGGAGAGAUAAACCAAAAUAAUCCUAAUUAUGUUCAAAUGAUAAAAAAGUUAAUGUAAAUUAAUUUAUUUUUAUUUAGGUUUUAUGUCACUUUAGUGAAUCACUUUUACAAUCUAAAUAAACUCAAUCAGAUCAAAAACACUUUGCUUUUUGGCAACUGAAAAGGAAAAAUAGUAUAGUUGAGUAAAACUCUUAAUCUUAGAUGAAUACAACUAGAAUUUAGACAAGAAGAAAUUCUGUUGUUGCUGGAUGUGAAUCUUAAAUUAAGACAGAAAGAAAAACUCAUUAAACAAAUAAAAGUUAAAUUUAGAAUGAAUUAACAAAUAAAAAGAAAUUUCGAGAAGAUUAUAUUGAUGAACAGUCAAGAAGAAGAUUAAGUAGAUUUUUAUCAAAUUAUGAGAUCUGUAAUUUAAUUCAUAAAAGAUGUUUAUCAAGAUAAGACAAUUAAAUUUAUGCUGAAGAUAUAGAUAAAGAAAUGAUUACAGCUUAAAUUAAAUCUAUUCAAAACUAAUAAAUUCGUUUUCAAUUUCAUUAAUCAAAUAAAUAAAUUAUACCAGAAAAAAAAUAUGAUAAUCAAAUAAAUGAUAUGAUUAAUAUGAAAUAAUCAACUUUUAAGUCUGUUUUUUAAUAAAUUUAACAUCUUACAAAUGAAUAAAGAAAAAAAAGAGUACCUAUUACAUGUCAUAAAAUGCUUAAAUCAAGAACUAAAUUAAUUAAUUGUUCUAUUAAAAUAAGAGAGAGAUUUCAUAAUAUAUUAAAAUAAGUUUUAUUUGUAGCCAAAUAUAAGUGUCGUAUUAAUUUUUGGUUUGAUUAUCCAAUCAAAUAUAAUAACUAAUUCUAUGAAUAAAUAAUUGAAGGUAAUUAUGAUAACAUCAUUUUGACUUUAUCAGAGAAUCCACAUUUAAUUCAUAGCAGAAAUAAAGAUGGAUAAACUCCAUUACAUAUUGCUUGUAUUUGUAAUAAUGCACUAUUGGUUAAAUUAUUUAUUAAAAAUUGCAGUAAUAUCGAAGCAUUAGAUAAUAAAUAAUUAUCACCUUUAUAUUAUGCAUUCAAAUCUAAUUCAAAUGAUUGUUUCAAAGUAAAUUUAGACUUUAUUACUUUUUUAGAUUUUACUUAACUCUAAAGCUAAACCAUGGUCACCACCUGGAGGAAAAUUAGAUCAAUAUUAAAUGAAUGUUGUACAAAAAAAUUUGUUAAUGCAUGCUCGUUUAAUUUAUAUAUUUACUAUUUGGAAAAUAAAAAAAUGA